UAUCGCUUCGGUUCGGUUGAUUUUUUUUCACUCUGCGAGAACGUCGCUCGGUCUGUCGAGUGCGUGGAAAGCUUCCUGUUGACAGAGAGUGGGUGCGGGUGGUGUUUCCUGAUAGCGGCAUCGAUGGGAUGAAUAGUUCCGAGCGCGUGCGAAGCACAUGUUGUGUAAAGGGGUGGUUGCUAGUAGUAGUAGUAGCAGAAGCAGUAGCAGUUGAUGAUGAUGACAGUUGUAGCGUGCUGAUGAUGAUUACUGGUUCUUUGUAGUGGUGUCACUUGGAAGCUAGUGUUGGUACCGCAAAAGUGUGUAACUAUUUAACUAGCAAUUAUAGCUUGUUGUUCGGACUGCGAUUGAAGACUUCUUUCGUGCGAAGGAUAAAAAGGGGACGUUUUUCGGCAAAGGAACGGUGAAUGGUAAGGAGGAAUGAUUUUUUGCCGAUGUCGAUGAUGGUGGGGGUGGUAACUUCUGUUCGGUAGCAGUGAAACGAUGGGUUCGCUCGCAGAUGCCGUCAUUGUCGCAACAAAAACAGACGUGCCACGAUGGCAUUCGACUAGUUUCGUGUCUGCAUUCGGGCGAUACACUGCUGGAAAUUCGUUCUGCUAAGCCGACUUUUGAUUAAACACUCGAAUACAGAAAUAUUCACGCGGUGGCGCAAACCUGGAAAUAGUUCCAGAUGAAAAAUGAAAUGAUCUUGUAAUCAGUGGAAAUUAUUGCCGUAAGUUAAUUUCAUUUAAAGUUGAUGAAUAAUAUUCCCCGUUAAAGUAAAAUAUUAGAUAUUCCAACUCGAACCAUUCUGUGAAGCUAUCCAGUGCCCCGUCUCGGACCAUUGUUUGUUUGUUUAUUUGGUAGGCUGUCUUUGCCCUGGGGAAGCACAAAAAACUGCUUUUGUAUGUUCCACCGUUCCUGGAAGUAUACCAUAAAUCAUAACGUAAUAAAUUUGUAACAAAUUUCUUCGUUUGUUUCGUGUGCUAUCCUUCGUUCGUUCUAUCCUUGUUUGAGGCCGGCAGGCAGAAAAAGUACCCACCCAACCGUGAAUGGAUGAUAGCUGGAAUACAAAGUGUUUUCCUCCCUGCCAAUAAAGCCUCCGGUUGGAACAGAAGAAUUUUUUUUUGUCGUGCGAAAAGAGCGAACAGCACAGCCCAUCAAAUGGUAAUUCAGGCACAGGAAAGCUGAAACAAAGCGCCUAAAUGUAUGCCACUGCAGAGGUUCCCGUGUGAAUCGUGCACCAAGAAACACACAAACACUUUUGUGAAAACCAAAAUAACAUCAUGUAGUGCGAGAGCGAGUGUACCGUGAAAGCGAUUGCGAAUUUAUGUGAAUAAUGAUGUGCGAAAGUGAUUAGUGAAAUUAGGCAAUCCGGGAACAGGCUUAAGAAGGCUGCCAGAAGUUGCUUCGACGUAAGUCAGUCGUAAAUAUUCCGCCUGCUACGCUCCUUGAGCUUUGCUUUGGUGAUAACGGAAAUGUGCGUCAGACGAAAAAAUGGGAAGUGAGGGCAAAUGAUGAUAGCGGAAAAAUGUGCUGAGUGAUACCAAAUGGGAUCUUUUUAUUGGCUUGCCUAAGGGAUGCAAGGUUAGAGGUUGAACUUCGUAAAGCGAAUCAUCGUGAGGCGCAGAUUGUUUUGCUUCUGUCAGUUCGGUGCGUUGUGCUGUCGGCUGUUGUAAAACUCAAAGGGAAAGCUGCUGACAUCACAGUCUGACUGGCACCGGCGAACAUUUGGUGAUUGUUCAUCCCUGCCACGACGAGGGAGAGGGGGUUUGAGGGUGCCUAAUCCAGCCGGUGGAAAACUAACGGCACAAUGGAAUUCAAGCCCUCCAAUACGGCCACAAUUGCUACGAUAGAUAAAGGAAACCCGCCACUGCCGGCCAGCUUCCUGCAUCCGCCUGCCUCGCCCACCAACGUCGGCUGCUGUGCGAUAGGACGCCGUACUCCACCGAGGCCACCGUCCGAAAUCUAUUUCGAAAGUCGCGGCAAAUGCUGCAAGAAGCUGCUCCGAUACAACGGCUAUCCGAACAAGGUGCUUCUCUAUCCCGAAGAGGGUUGGGCACGCAGUGCAGCUUCCAGCUACUGGACUAUAACGCCUUGCCGAUGGCGACGGAAUCGAUGCAUAGUCGAAGAGGUGGCCGGAUCCAGAAAGCAAUCAACGCAGGGCCGGAUGAUCGUAGUUGGCGACGGUGCAUUGUUGAUAGUUGGCACGUUCAAAAGGCGAGUUCCUGAUCCCGACUUCAAGCUGUACCUGUCCUCCAACAUCACGCUGGCCGACUACAACAUGGGAUACUGUCUGACGGGGACACUCGAGCGCGGCGACCAGCGAUCCAAUCAGUUCCAGACGACCCACUUCGCCGUGAUCCGACGGUGUUGGCCCUCGCACGAACAUGACUCGACCGGGCACGGUGGCCACAAGAGCCAACACACGUACAUCGAUUUCCUCUUCAAUCGAUGAUAGUGCGGAAUGGAUGCGGACCAAUGCCAAAUGUAGAAGAAAAUAAUCGAACCUAUACGUACGUACAUACGUACUGCAGUCGGAAAACAAGGUGCAUUAUCCGGCAGACGGUGAUGGAAAACCAGACAGGAAAAAAAUAAUACUCGUCAAUUUUGAUAGCUCUCGGCAUCGUCAAAAUCCAAAUAACAGGGCGUGGUUCGAAAUUCCACUGUGGAUAGCAGUUCAACAAAAAUCAAAAGACACCGCAUUCAGUGCAGAUAAAUCAAACAAAAGCAUUCAAAAUCCCGUAACAUUCAAAUCAAACUACUAACCAGCGCGAAUUGUGUACAGAAGAGACUUUUUAUAUUCAUCGAUGACACGGCGAGUCCUGGAAAUCCCAGUUGAUGAGCGACAUCGAAAGUAAAGUGUAAUCCUUCCAUCCUGCUGGAAGAUGGUGAAGAUAAUAUUUUUGUAAUCACUGUUUUGUAAAUACUCACGACGACAUUCACAUUCAAUCGAGACGACAGAUGGUGGCUUGAAACAUGUGCUUUUUGGAACCUCUUUAAAGCUUUUUGCACUCAGCAUACGACAUAAAAAGCUUAAUUUUAUAUGUUGCUAAUUGCUUUAACACACACUUUAACAAAUGUUUCGAUGUUCGUUGUUGAAACCAAACGCAUGUUUAUGAUUAUGACGAAAAACUUGUCUAUCAGUUAAUCCAAUGCACAGUGGGAAAAUAUGGAUCGAAAAAACGCGACCAUUUUUUUUUGGGUGAUGCAUAAAACGGUUGACCGUAUAGAAUUCUUUUCACGCAAAAUAGUCUACAUAGCUACACAAUUACACAGCUGAAAUGUCUUACAAUCUUCGUCAGUUGCUUUAACCUAUUUUUAAAAACAUCACAUGGUAUAUUGAAAUCGUGGAAGUGUUCAUAAGCCCUAUUAAAUACUCUGCACACAGCUCUUAUCGGUUCGUUUUGUCUACACUCAGUCUACACCCUGUAGCAAAGACAUCAUAUCCAGCUCUCACAUUUCCCGAACAAAUCAUUGGCAACAUCCUUUUUUGCGAGCAUGGCGCCCUCUGGCGAGUCCGCAUCGAAUCUCGUACGUAGAAGUAGGGAAGUAGCGCAAAAAUAGCAGCAGUGCGCAUCCAUACAAUUGACAUGAUAUUGUGAAUGUGUUGCCGUUCGAUGGCGUUGCUGAACUGAAGAUUGAUUUCACUCCAGGCUGAUAGGGUCUACCUAUAGUCAAGUCUUUAAAAAUCCUUAAAAAAUCUGCAUCUAUUUGACCAGUAAGUAGGCGACACCGAUCUUCAUAUAAUAGUAAAUCAGUAGGAUUUACUGCCCACGGAAGGGCCUUGAAAACAUGACGCAGAAACCUGGUUUGAAUACUUUCUACUCGCUUAAUCCAAAACCCCUCGUAAGGGUACCAGAUGAUAGUAGCAUUUUCCAGUUCCUAUUGGCCUUAGCAAUGAUUUUUAAAAGUUAAUUCGAAUUCGAGCCUCACACCAAUAACACUAAUAGUUGAGACUCUGUCAAGUGAAGCACCUGAGACAAAAAUAACUCCAGAAAAUGGGCAUUCACUUGCGGGUAAAAGAGAUUACAGAAACACAGCUAGAGAAAAUGUCAAGUUAUCGUUGUAACUCUUUGUAAUCGGACUUAUAUUGGAAAAUGAGAAACAGUUUAAGAUCCUCUGCGUAAAUUGGUUCGCAUCCUGAUGGAAGGUUAUUGUUAACGUCGUUGAAAAAUAAAGAUAAUAACAAUGGUCUAAGGUUGCUUCCAUGAGACACUGCUGACGUGUUUACGAAAUCAAGUGACUUGUGUUUGACAUACAAUAGAUGUCCUGAUGAGAUACGACUUGAGCCAAUCAGUAAAUGCAUGUUAGGUCAAUUGUUCCAAUCUUGGCCAGUAAAGUAAAGUGAUCAACUCGAUCAAAUGCAGCUCUGUGGUCUGUAUGGUAUCAAUCCUCUUCAAAGCUUAUAAUACCAUAUGAAGAAAACUGAACUAGAUUAGUGAAUGUUGAAUUACCUGAAAAAAAACCCAUGCUGGUCAUAGGCUAUGUUUUGCUUAUCGCCAUUUAAAAAAAAGAUUAGUGGGUAAUGUCACAGCUAUAACUAGAGGACGAGAAAACUUCGCAUCGGCAUUCUACCAUACAAUUUAUUAACAUGAAAAAAAUCUAUUUAAAUCCACCUAGUGGUGUAAUGAUGCCUUUCUCAUAUUAGUCAUAGCAUCUGAAAUAUUACAGUGGAGUUCUAAAAUGAACUGUUCAUUGAAUAGAAACAAUCUACGAAUCAAAACACUUUAUUGUUCCGGAACUAGAAGUAUAACCCACAACAAAUUUAAGGAUUCUGUAUGGAACCCGAAGAGUUUUACUUUGAAUCUAAAAGUGUUUGAAAAACGAUUUAGCCAUCUUGAAGGCAAGUAAGGUAGAUCCUUUUUGUAGUUUUGGACCACUAUUUCCAAUACUACCGCAACCUAAUUUUAAGGACCAGGAUAGCCGAAGUUGGUUCGUAUGGCCAGCAACAAUCAUGACCUAGAAGUUGGACCAGUUUCGAACCUAGUUGAGAACUUUUCUCUCUUUCACUUCGUCGCUUUAGGUGGCGCUAUAAAAUUACCAACGCUUUACCCAGUAGUUCCGGAGCCGGAAGUCGGAUCCAGAUGAAAUUCAGGAAUUUUAUAUGAGAUUAUAAGACUUUCUACUUAAACCUAAGUUCAUGAAAAUCGGUCAAACCAUCUCUAAGAAAAUAGACUGAGUUAUGUUUUGGAGUAUUCAAACACUAUUUUCGAUGCUUCCGGAAUCGAAAAUCGGGAACCAGGAUAGCCGGAAUUAGUUUGAUAGGCCGUCUACUAACAAUGACUAAGAGCAAAUUCAGCAGCUAGAAGUUCUAUAUGGAAGAUCAAUAAUAGAGCAAAAACUGGAACAAACGAAUCCCGAGCAAGCCGUUCUAGUUUUAUUUAUUCGACCAGUUCUUCUGUCAAAUUUAAAACUGGUCUACGAUGCCAUUCUAUUUUUUGUAUAUUUGAAACAGGAGUAAAACACUGCUGUGGUUACCAGUUUUUCUUGUUAUAAAAUUCAGAUUUAAAUUUUGUGACUGACAUAAAUUAUGCAUCUAGAAUUAGAACACAACUGAAUAUGCUCUAACGGUUGGAAUAGUGUCAAGCUCAGUUUUGAUUUUUAUAUACCUAUAUUUUCUAAAAACUCAAUUUGAACCUAAGUUUGUCAAAAUCGGUCACGCUAUAUCUGAGGAAAAUGAGUAAGUAAUCAGCUAAGGUUCUUGGUUUGCAUUUUCUUUAUAGCGUGCACGAAUUUAUAUAAAGCACGCUGUGUGCAUUGUUUGUAAAGGCGAGUUGUGUUUUCUUCUUCCGUGCCAGCUUGUACCGGUGCGUACUGGUUUUGUAUCGUCCUUUUAAAUGGCGGUUUGAAAGCUUGGACACUCAUCGUCCUGUAAUUGCGGAACUUAAAGUCAGAUCCGGAUGUAAUUUCACAGUAACGUCUGAUACAAUAUGAGCUUUAAUUUAAAUCAAGAUUUGUGACAAUCGGUUCAAGCAUCGCUGAGAAAUCGAAGUGAGUUCUACUUUUGGAGUUGUACUUCACCACUUUCGGUGUUUCUGGAACAGGAAAUUACAAAUUACCCUAUAACUGCCGGACCGGAAGACAGAUCGGGAUGAAAUUCAAUAGCAGGCUAUGGAACCAUAAGACCUUUCAUUUGAUACUAGGCUUGUGAAAAUCGGUUCAGCCAUCUCCGAGAAAAGUGAGUGAAUAUUUUUGUUAAAUUUACACACAUACACACAGACAUAGUCUCAACGUUGUUAAGUCAGUUUCUAACCUGGUUUUUAUAUCAGGUUUGCUCAAACCCCCGUUGCUAAGUUCGGACCCAACACAAUUUCGUGAAAAGUGUUUGUUUGAUGAAACUAUCCUGGGUCAAUAUUAAUUUAUAAAUUGGUAUUAGCUGGAUAUUACUCACGUACCGGAAAUCAAAAAGUUCCGUCAACUUGACAUUGUUUUCCUUCAUACGAAUUGCUUAUAAUUAAUGUUGUUGUUCUGUAACCGUUCCAUGCCGGUACUAUUUUUUUUUCAACAGGAAACGUGUUGGCCACCCAUUUUUCACUAGGGUCGUCGUUCAUUUUUCAUCGGGCAUAGUAACCUCAAUAUCAAUGACAUUUAUAAUGUCACUGUCAACAGGGUUGAUCGAGCACCAGGAAACGAGCAGUCGAUGAAGAAUUCAUUGCUCAUUCCGUCAUUAAUGUGAGUGAGAACAGUGCGUCAUGUGAGUUUUUGAAAACAUACUUUUAAGACUUUUAUCAUAAAUCUAUCGCGACGAAGUCUAGAUAAUUUAGUUUAGGUACGAUUAGUACAUAAAAACAUACUUGUUUAUAUUUUGUUUUUGUUAAUUUCCAGCGAAUUUCAACAGUUUAUGUUGGCAUUCCAAGAAGAACUGGUUAUUUACUAAUUCUGUGUAUCCGAAGAACUUGAAGAUUUAAAUUUAUAUAUUCAGUUAUAUAAAUUGUUUAUUUAGAAAUACUGAAAAUCACCACGGAAAGUUACAAAAUCGGAAGAUAAUAGGAAGAAAACGCAGUACCGUAGUGAGGGUGAGGCGAGUGAGGCGACCGCCUCGGGCACCAACAGCCGGGGAGCGCCAAAACAUGAUGGAAUUGAAAAAAAUGUACACUUAUUUUAUGAAAAAUAAAUUGCAUGAAGUUUUUUUCGGGAAAACUAUUUAAACUAGAUUAAGUUUCAGAUUAGUACUAUACUGCUACAAAAAUCCGACGAGAUGCCGCCAUAAUCAUUAUCGUUGAUAAACAUGAAAGUGUAAAAACAACAGUCACAGUCAUUUAGAAUACAGAACCGCCAUUCAGCGACGACCGUAAACAUUUUUUUUCAUGAGCAAGAGAUGCUCUCUUCUCGAUUGUGGUUGUGAACUUGGGCCUACCAAAGAUCUAAUUCUCAGAGAGCAAACCUGCGAACCUCUUAAAAAACAAAAAUUAGAUUUUCUAAAAGAUUCCCUAAAAGGGAUUACCAUUGCGGAAAAUUGACUAUUAAUCAAAUGUGCAAGUGCGUAGAUAUCAAUACUACUGUUCACUGAACUGAUAUCGUACGUUUUGACGUAGGACUACUCUUUAAAUUCUAUAUAGGAAUGCGAAACAGUGAUCAGGUCACAUCAAAUCAACACCAGAUCUCGACAUUUUAUGCAAUUCUAAGACAUUCGGUAAAAAAAAUUUCAAUUUCGGAAUUCCAGAGUCGAUGUUUUUUCCAAAAAAAAAUUUUGAGAUAAUACUAGAACUAGAAGUUUAACCAGAACCAAGAUCCCUGGUCUAUAUUCCAAGUUAAAAAUAUAACUCCAGACAGAUGCAGAUGCAGAAUCCAGGUUCUGAAUUAAAGUUCAGAACUUCGGAUUCUAGAACCAGAAUCCAAGCUCAAAAUCCAGUUCCUAAUUCAGAAUCCAGGUCCAAAAUUUAUCCAAUUCCAGAACAGAUUUAGAAUUCAUGUCCAGAGUUCAGAUACAGAAUUAAGUUGUAGAAUUCUGGUCAAGAAUCCAGGUAUCGAAAUCAGCUCCAGAUUUAUUUUAAGAUCUAGAAUUCAAGUCCUGAAUCCAGAAUUAUGGUCCAAAAUCCAUUUUCAGAAUCCAGGUCCAGAAUCAAGAUUCAGGACCCAGGAUCAGAGUUCUACUCCGAAGUUUAGUUAAGAAUAUAGACCUAGAAUUCAGAUCCAAAAUUCAGAUCCAGAGUUAAUGUUCAGAAUUGAGAUCCAGAAUUCAUUUCAAGAAUUCAAGAGCAGAGUACAACUUCAUAAUUCAUGUCCGAAAUCCAAUUCAGUUCCUAACCCAGAAAUCAUUUACUGAAUCCUACUCCAGAAUACAGAACUAAAAUUCAUGUCCAGAAUUCAGAUGCAGAAUACAGUCCUAGAAUUCGCAGAUUCUCAAUUCAGGUCCAUAAUUCAAGUCCAGAAAUCAGAUACAGAAUCCAGGUCCUGAAUAAAAGCUCAGAACUAAGGUCCAGAAUUAAUUCUUAGAACCAGAAUACAAAUUUAUAAUUUAGAUACAGAAUCAAAUUCUAUAAUUCUAGUGCAGAAUCUAAAAUUCUUGUCCAAAACUCAUUUCCAGAAUCAAGAUUCAGAACUUAGGUCCAGAAUUCUGUUUCAAAGUUAAGUUUAGAAUUCAGACUCAGAAUCCAAGCCCAAAAUCCAAGUCCAGAGUCCACAAGUAAGUCGAGAGUUUAAAAUUAGAGCUCAGGUUCAUAACUCAUUUCCAGAAUCCCGCUUUCAAAGUUCAGACCAACAAUUCAAUUCCAGAAUUUAUUUCCAGGAUCCAGGUUCCGCUCCUGAAUUCAGAUCUAGAAUUCAUUUUCAGAAUCCAGACCCUGAAUCCAAAUCCAGAAUUCGUGUCCAAAAUCCAGUUCAUGAAUUCAGGUUCAGUCGUAAAAAAAUGUUAUAUUUUAUUGCUAUAGUUGAUCGUAAAACAGGUUUUAUAAUUUUCUUGAAUUUUGAACCAUUUCGAAAUAAAUUUAACGCAGGGGUAUACUGCUUCUUGCUUUCGCUUCAUAUGAUAAGCUUUAUAAAAAUUGUCCACUUUUUUCAUUUAACAGUAUAUUUUGUUGUAUAAUUCUGGCUAAGGACUGUCUUAGCUCGAAGAUGCCAAGAGUAUUUCUUAACUGUACUUAAGACUAGGAUAAUUUCAUGAAUUGUAACGUUGUUGUUUUUGGUUCACAUUAUCGUAUGUUGUUUUUGGCUCACAUUCUGACAACCGAAACUCUGAAAGUUUUAGUCGGCAGUGGCUGAUGGGAUGAAUCUUUCAUAGGGAUUGUCCAGAAGAUGUGGGUACUUGUCGAUGGUGGUCGUAUUCUUUUGUUCCUGUGAGAACUGUCCUCUUGACGGCAAUAUGAUCUUAAAAUGGUUUUCAGAAUGCUCUUGUGGCGUUUACAGUUUCAAUGCGGGAUUUAUGAUGUAACACUCAAAAGAGCGAUAUGUAUUUACUAAAAUUGAAAAUGUUACUUGAGAUAAACUUACAGGAAAAUGAAAUAAUGUGUGUUCGUCUUCAUGGUGUUUGUAAAAAAAAAUGGAGGAGGCGAUUAUUUUUGAGUUUGCCUCGGGCGCCAGAAAUGUUCACUACGGCUCUGAAAAAACGAAUUGACAAUUCAGUCCGCAUCUUCUCACUCAAUUCCGGUAAAUUUCCGCACCCACCGGUUGAAGGCGAAAUUCAUUAGAAAUUGGUUGUUGCACUGAAGUUGGAAUUUAUUCGGUAUUCAUUAUGAUUUCCACAUGGAAUUCGAAUGAAAAUUUCUCGCCGAUUCGGAAUUGAUUCGGAUCUUAUAAUGAGUGGCAUGAAACGCGAUACGGGUGUGGUUGGACACACAAAACAGAUAUACAGGCUCGCAUAUGAACUGUGUGUAAAAUUUGCUUAUUCAGAGUGGCGAAUAAUUGCAGAUGUCACCUCGAUGGCAGUGCUAUUUUUGGUGCCAAUUCUAGUGGUUUCCACACGAAACAGUAUUUUGGGUGCAACAUUCACUUCACGUAAGAUGUUUGGCUGAAUUUUUUUUAUAUAAAGUUUAUUUUUGUUUUAUUCCGAUUGAAGUCGGAAAUAAAGUUAUCUUUUACGCAUAUGGAAAUCGUGUGAGAAGUGUUCAAAUCGCUGUAGUUGGAAUAUUUCUACAUUAGGCAGAAGAACUUUGUCAUCGUUUCGGAACGUACUGGAACAUUUUGAAAGCUCGCAGCGUGCAAUGGCAGUAGUGUUUCCAACGUAUAGCAAAUCUGAAAUUUACACACGAUUUUGGAAAAUUUCGUUCCAGCCUUUAUAUCUGUUAUCUGUGAAUUGGAUAUGAAAUUCUCUAGUUAUGUCGCAAUUUUAUCCUUUAUUCCCACUGUGCAAAGUCUGUAUGAAGUUUUGUUUAUUUUUCUGAUCGGAAAUUGAAAACUGCUGAUGUAUUAAAAUGGAUUGGAGAUUUUGUGGUUUAAUUUGGUUUUGUCCGGAGUUAUUGAUAAAUAUCGACGAUGAACAUGAACGAUAAUAUUAUUGUUUGAUUAAGGUAAGUGAGGUUACAGACUAAUUCGUUAUAUUCACAUAAGAAUGGAUAAUAGCAAUGAAAAUCGAACAUUUGAGUUGUUGCCAUCGUCAAAUAGAAGUUGCUGUAAUUUUGAGGUCAACAAGAGUAACAAUGUGUUGGUUGGCAUUGUUCAACAGUAUUUUUUCAUUUCCAUACGACAAUUACUUUCGGUUACUAGAUUUUUUAUCGUGACGUCACAAAUGAACAGUGUUCAUACUUGACAGCUCAGCGGUACUGUUUACGAACAAGCCUAAACAAAAAUCGAAGAGCUAUCUUUAGCAAUUAUCUUUACACUUUGCACUAGUCUACUAGUUGUCACUUUUAUUUAAUAAAUCUCCAAAACAAACCGUAUCCAAUCCUCUAUUUAGACGAUAUGGACCGUAAAAUGUCAACAGACAAACAAAAAAACUACAAGGAUCAGCCCCAUGGGGUUGUUCGAGCCGUUGAUGUGGAACAAGGCAACCAAAAUUUCCAAUGAUUGACAUUUUCAAAUAAUCGUCACACUUUUGAAUCCGCAAAUGCACAAGAGUCUGCUUAAAUUGAUCCUUACUAGGAAUCAACACCGAACACGCGAACCCAGAAUGUAGACUCUAUUUAUUGUGAUUUGUAAUUGUUUCGUAGCCGACGAAAUUACAUCAAUAGCCCAAAUGUAUACUAUUAAACGUUUGUAAAUGCUUGCGAUACGGAUAUCGAUAUUUAAGCUUCUCUUCACCAAGCUUGUGUUCAAGUUUUGUAUGCAAGCAGUUAUUUUUAUAGCGUUUCUCUACCAUUACUACCAUUUUGCGAUUUCGGUUGAAGCGAUAAAAUAUUUCUCAUUAUCAAUCGAGUUCAUCUUAUAUAAAUUAGAUAUUAGUCUUAUGCACUCAAAAUUUACCCUGGGGUAGUUGUCAAUUUCUCAGGCGAAACGACAUAACAUGGGAUUUCAUCCAAUCUUGCAUGACACAAGAUCAGAGCAUACCAAUAAAAGCUUCAAAUCGUUUAUGGCACUUUUUAUCUUGCUGUGUAGCAACAACCUACCUCUAGCAAGCUACGCAUAAGACUGAAACGUUAGCUAUAAUUUCGCUUCUAUUUGUAGAUUCGCGUGCUUCCAACAGCUUUGCUCUUGCUUCGAUUGACCAAUCAGAGCGCUGCUUUCCCUUUGAUAUAUCGCUUACUCCGUCAAAACCGUCGACUAUGGCAGGGAAAUCCGGUAUGCCGGAGAUUUUUUGCAGCCAAAAUAGGACACUGCUAGCUAUUAAUCAACAUUUCAAUGAUAUAAAAUUAAAAAUACAUGGCUAUGAACAUUCAAAUCAAUACGUAGAAAUAUUUCCAAUCAAAUGGUGACAUAAUAUUAAUAAUUGAUACAAAAUUGACUGAGCUGUAAUUGUUCAAAACCUGACCACAUUUCUACGUAUAUUUUUCUUGAGUUUCUAGUUUGCACCGCUAUAUAGAAAACAAAAAUGUGUUCCACAUUAAAAUCUCUGUUUACAAACAGUACUGCUGAACUGUCAAAAUGUGUUCUUCCGAUUGAGGUUAGCAGUGACGGUAAAAAACCUAACAGCAAUUGUAAGACGUCUAACUAGCUAGCUAGCAUUGAAUUGACUAUGAGAAAGUGAAUUGUUUAACGUUCGCCUCAAUUAGGAAAGUACUUCAAAACAUUCCGCUAGAAGAACCCAACGAGCAUAGUAGCCUUUUAUGGGGCAUCUACCACCAUGAUUCAUAAUACAUUUUUUUCGGACAGUUCAAACAAAAAAAUAUUCAACUCUAGCAACUAGACAGGUAUUUUUGUAAACUUGUAAAGUUCUUCAACUGAAACCGAUUCGAAGUAAUAAAAAAACAAAAAAAAUACAAAACCCACAAAUGUCACCCAUUCGCCAACAACCGGAUGGGGCUGACAGCAGAAUGAUAUAUUUAUGUCCUGCCAGUAUUUAACGUCCAUGAUGAUAGUUGUUCGAAACUAAAGGAAAAUCCUAAGCAACAACAGCAUUGAUUAGAUAACGAAGCAAAAUAGAAAGAGAAGAUAUACUCCAACAUAAUUGAAACUAGUGUGAUCAGAAAAGUAUUACUUUUGUGACUUUGCUUCCUUUUUCCGGUAGCGACUGAUGAGCAUCAAAAAGCUAUCAUGUAAACAAAGAAAUUGCUUCAUGCGCUUGCAUUAACCAGUAGAAACAAUCGUCAAACUGAUCAGUAUUAUAGAGACAAACUAACGCCAAUUGCCUAAGCAUUAACAAAGCUCUAGAAAACAAAAAAAAGCGAACGGAACUGAUUUGUAAGCCGAAUUAAUCAACCAACCAAUCAAACAAACACAAACCUGCAAACCAAAGAAGAAAAAAAAACAAAACAAGAAUUACAAAAAAAUGAAAUAAAAAAAUGAUACUUAACAGUCUCGUAACCGAAAUCCUUCCAAAGAUUAUUUUUCUACAUUUUGCAGCCGGCAGCUUCGAGAGUUAAAAUAAAGAAACAAAAAAUUACGUCGUAGUGUUUCGUAGCUAGUGCGAGGGUCGAUCAGCUUAGGAUAGCUAAUCAAAUGUAGGCGCUAAGUGGCUUGUAAAAAAAACAAAGAACAACAACAAAACUGUCUGUUUUAUUUUCCUACCUAGAACGUUUAUAUCAAUGUAAAACAAAAAAACCGAAGGCUUGAUGCAGCAGUUUCGUUUUGAUAGUUACGAAAAUCCUAGUCGUAAUUGAUUGAAUCCCUAUAAGACUAUGUCAAGCGUCAAUAUAUCUCUACCUAGAUCUAGUAAUUUGAUUGAUAAAAAUAACAAAAUAACAAGCAGAAAAAUGUGCAAUGUGAGCCGUUAAGAAAAAAAUUCGAUAUAAAUGUAACUGUAGUUAUAUAUUUAACUGUAAGCAAAAGCUGUAAUGAAAAGAUGAAACUUUUUAAAAUGGAAAUCAAAAUAUAUGUUGUUAUAAUUA